GUAUCAUCGUAAGACUCAAGAAGGAAGGGUCCAAGAGGGAUGCAAGAGAUAUCAGCAUGUUUCUAUUAACUUCUUCUUGUUUGGUUAAUGUGCGUCGAACCAUCAGUGGGAGAAGCAGCUGGGCUCUUCCGGACAUUCGGCGGCAGGGACAACAAGGCCCGGCACUUAGUCGCCUUCAAGCCCUCGCAAAGAUUCCUGUGCUGCAAGACUCGGCUAAGCAUCGUCAAGGUCGCAGCUUUGCCGCUGGCGAACAGGCAGCUCUCUUUUCUCGGCCUGGUAUGAGGCUUGCACGGGAGUUCGACACUCGAGCUAGAUCUCAUUAUAAACGCAAAAAGGAAAUGAGGGUAAAUAUUCAGGCAUUUCGAAAAUUCUAUAAUGAUUCCUAA